ACCCAUCAGAAUUUAGAACCGAAAAACGGACUCGAGAUUCGUGUCCGUCCCUGACCUUGUUUUCCCCUCCCGCAAGUAAAAUCCUUUUAUAAACAGAGAGAAGAUAUCAGAAGGCGAAGCAAAACUCUUCGUUUAGAAGUUCGAAACGAUAAUGGCAUCGUCUUCCGAGGAAUCUAUGAAGGGAAGACUGCAGGAAUUGCAGAAGCAGCUUGGGAAGAAACAAAUGUUCGAGGGGGCCGUCUCCUCCAUUAAAUCUUUGCUUAUUGAGGCCUAUCCAUCCGCUUCACCCUCUCUACGGAAGUCGAUCUACUCUGUUGUUUGUCGGGUUGCAACCAUUCUACAGUCAAGAUACACUGGACCUGGAUUCUGGCUUGCUGGUUUGCAGCUUUUUGAGGAGGCUGAGCACUUCAUUACUGUGUCUUCUGAAAGAGAAAAUUUGAAGUCUUAUAUUGCCAGAGCACGUGAUCAUUUGCAUGAAAUAAAUGAUCAGUCAGAAGUUCCUCAAUCUGUGCAAAACAGUAUUCGUAGAGAUUCUAGGUAUCUUUUUGAGGGGCAUCUCACUGUGGAUCCUGAGCCCCCGCAACCUGCAUGGCUUAGAGCACAGACUGUCAUUGCUGCAGCCGAGUCGUCAAUGAGGCAGACAGAGAAUGGUAAUGCACCAGAAAGUGCAACUGAAGUUCUGCAGGACUUGAUAAAUCACAUGCAAGAGAACUUGCAGGACUUUGAGAGUGUCAUUGAAAGUGCAUUGCAGGAUAUUGAUACUGUUCGUCCAAGAGCCCCACCUGCGAGUAAAGAAGUGGUUGCAAAACUUCCUGUUAUCACCAUUAAUGAGGAAAUCCUUGCAAAGCUAGGAAAUGAGACAAAGUGUGCUGUUUGCACUGAAGAACUGGUUUUAAAUGAUGAGAUGCAGGAAUUACCUUGCAAGCACAUGUUCCACCCACCUUGUCUGAAGCCAUGGCUGGAUGAACACAACUCCUGCCCUAUCUGCCGACAUGAGCUUCAAACUGAUGAUCAUGCCUAUGAGACGUGGAAAGAGCGGGAGAAGGAGGCUGAAGAAGAAAGGAAAGGGGCUGCAAAUGCCAUUCGUGGUGGUGAAUAUAUGUAUGUUUAAUGAAAAAACUAUUUUGUAAUAUUGUCAGUUUGUGUUGUUAUGAUGUUGGUGUUAAUAAAUUUCUUUUUUAGAUUAAAGUCAUUCCAAUAUGUCACCAUGUUCGAGCAUAGUUACCUCCUAUUGGCUCUCUGGCCUUGCUUAGGUAACAACCACAUUAUACUAGUAUUUAAACCCAUAUUCCUUCU